CAAAAGUCUUCAUAAAAUAGUACACUAUAAUUCUAGCUUCUAUCUAUGAUAUAUGUUAUCCAAUACAAUUUCUUUAUCCUGAACCAAAGGGAUUAAAAGUAAAAGGAAUUUCAUCAUGUUUGUCAAUCCAUCUUUAAGGAUUAAAAGAAUGAGGGUCUUUAUAAUAAGCAGGAUUUCUAUGAAUAGCAUGGGAUAAAAUAUUAACUGAAGUUCCUUUAUAAAUAAAAAUGUCAUUUAAAUAAUGAUCUUUUGUUGCAAUUCUGCUUAUUAGAUUAUUUGAUGGACCAUAAUAUCUUAAUGUUUCUUUCAUAACUGCAUUUAAAUAAGGUAAAUCUUGUAAUUGUUUGAGUUAAUUAUCUGUAUUUUCUAAAAUUUCUUUUUAUAUCUUUUCUUUGAAUUCUUUAUAUUAUGUUAAAUAAUAAAUCAUCAUUCCUGAUAAAUGGCCUGUUGUAUCCAUUCCAGCAACAUAAAAAGUACAAAAUUCAUUUACAAUAUCAUCUAAAGAAAGUACUUUUAAAAGAUCUUUACUUUUAAGAUAAUAAAUAAGAUCAUGUUUUGUACUUUUUUUUCCUUAUUUUUCAAGUUCUUGUUCUUCUUCUAAUCUUUCUUUUGCAAUGUUUUUAAUAAAUUCUCUAAAUUCUUUAAUUUAUUUGUUUAAAAGUCUAUCUUUUUCAGUAAGUCCUAAUUCAUAUAUGAAAUUCCCAAAAAUCUAAUAUUUAAUGUCUUAAAAUUAAUAACCUAAAGUAGUAAGUAAAUAUGUAAGAGAUUAUGUAAGAGUCAUUCCAUAGAAUCUUUUUUCUUCAAAAUUAUUACAAAAAAAAGAUUAAACAACAACUUCUGCUGUAAUUUCUUAAAAAAGUUCAAUUACAUCAACAUUUUAUAAUUUAUUUUAUCUUAUUAAUUUCAAAAAUGUUUAUUUUGUUAAUUUUUCAAUUGUUGGAAUUCUUUAAUGUAAGGAAUCGAAAUGGAAUAUUGAAGAUAUUGCUAUUCUAUUAUUUUUCCAUUUUUAUCCUUUUGAAAAAAGUAUUCCUUCUCCCAUUAAUCUUUUUAUAGGAUUUAUAAAUAAAGUAUCUUUUC